AUAAUGCCUUGUUUUCUUUGGAGUCGAAGGUUCCUGCAAGUGGAAAACUUCCUGGAGCUGACCUACUAGGUAUUGAACCAGUUUCUGCAUUGCUGAAUCAAUCUCCCAAGGGUAAUUCCACAGAAAUCCCAGGGGCUUGGAGUAAACAAGACCGCGCCUAGCCCAGCUAGAGGAAGUUUUAUUCCGGAACCCAGCGCCAUUUCUGGGUGGGACUGCUUUCUACACCAUUUGCCGUAAAACGUUGUUUGAGAACGGUGUGAGGGGAAUGGAGGUCUCUUCUCGGAGUUCAGAGCCUCUGGAUCCGGUGUGGCUCCUUGUAGCCUUCGGCCGGGGAGGAGUCAAGCUAGAAGUUUUGCUGCUGUUCUUGCUGCCAUUUACUUUGGGUGAGCUGCGGGGAGGCCUGGGGAAGCACGGACACACGGUUCACCGGGAACCCGCGGUAAAUAGGCUCUGCGCAGACUCCAACGCUGGUCUGGGCUGCCUGUGAGUGCUCAGCGCCCCUUUCCCAUGGGUCACUGCCCAGCCCCAUCACAGCUUCCUUCUGCCAAACCUAUAAAUCUAACUGAUGAAUCCAUGUUUCCCAUUGGAACAUAUUUGUUGUAUGAAUGUCUCCCAGGAUAUAUCAAGAGGCAGUUCUCUAUCACCUGCAAACAAGACUCAACCUGGACGAGUGCUGAAGAUAAGUGUAUACGAAAACAAUGUAAAACUCCUUCAGAUCCUGAGAAUGGCUUGGUACAUGUACACACAGGCAUUCAGUUUGGAUCCCGUAUUAAUUAUACUUGUAAUCAAGGAUACCGCCUCAUUGGUUCCUCCUCUGCUGUAUGUGUCAUCACUGAUCAAAGUGUUGAUUGGGAUACUGAGGCACCUAUUUGUGAGUGGAUUCCUUGUGAGAUACCCCCAGGCAUUCCCAAUGGAGAUUUCUUCAGUUCAACCAGAGAAGACUUUCAUUAUGGAAUGGUGGUUACCUACCGCUGCAACACUGAUGCGAGAGGGAAGGCGCUCUUUAACCUGGUGGGUGAGCCCUCCUUAUACUGUACCAGCAACGAUGGUGAAAUUGGAGUCUGGAGCGGCCCUCCUCCUCAGUGCAUUGAACUCAACAAAUGUACUCCUCCUCCCUAUGUUGAAAAUGCAGUCAUGCUGUCUGAGAACAGAAGCUUGUUUUCCUUAAGGGAUAUUGUGGAGUUUAGAUGUCACCCUGGCUUUAUCAUGAAAGGAGCCAGCAGUGUGCAUUGUCAGUCCCUAAACAAAUGGGAGCCAGAGUUACCAAGCUGCUUCAAGGGAGUGAUAUGUCGUCUCCCUCAGGAGAUGAGUGGAUUCCAGAAGGGGUUGGGAAUGAAAAAAGAAUAUUAUUAUGGAGAGAAUGUAACCUUGGAAUGUGAGGAUGGGUAUACUCUAGAAGGCAGUUCUCAAAGCCAGUGCCAGUCUGAUGGCAGCUGGAAUCCUCUUCUGGCCAAAUGUGUAUCUCGCUCAAUCAGUGGUCUAAUUGUUGGAAUUUUCAUUGGGAUAAUCGUCUUUAUUUUAGUCAUCAUUGUUUUCAUUUGGAUGAUUCUGAAGUAUAAAAAACGAACAAGAUUUUAAACUCUCAUCUCCUCCUCCGCCAUGUCUGCCUGGACACUGCCAUGCUUCUGCCUUGAUCAUAAUGGACUGAACCUCUGAACCUGUAAGCCAACCCCAAUUAAAUGCUUCUCUUAUAAGA